AUGUUAAAUAACAACAUCUAAUCUCUUCUUUAUGACAGAUGAAGCUCAGACGCGUGGCAGCGGUCACUGCACCUGCUCUUUACCUUAAUACACAAACGUUAUCCCUGUGGUGAAAACUCAAGCACUCCCAGUCAACACAUGGUACUUUAUUUUCCAUGGAUUCCCGCUCAGCAUAUGCAGCUGGUCUUGCCAAACCUGUAUGAGAACAUAAUCCAAACAGGCAGGUAGGACAGCUAUAGUCUGGGUAGUGGGGGCGUACCCCUGUGGCUCAGUGACACCCUCUGUUUCAGCUUCAUUCACUUGGAAAAACUUGUGAAUGUGUGAAUUUUCACUAUUAUUUGCCGAUGCUUCACGUCCUCUGACAUGAUAGACACACUGCACAAGGGGAACCAAAUUAUGGGGUGUUUAUUUCAAGCAGCGCAGAUUGCGAUAACUUAAGAUAUUGUCCUUUGAACCUUAAGCGUUACUCCAUCAGAUUGUGGAGAAACAAGCACACUUGCUAUCAAACUACAUGCUAUUGUGUCAUAAAAUCACUGCGGGGGAGAGAUAAUGAAAAGAGCCAAAAGAUCAUUUUACUGCACUUAUGAAACGGCAUUCAUGGGUCAUUUACUAUGAUAUUACUGUGAUUUAGGCUCAGUUACAUUUUCACAAGCAUUUUACUAUUUCAGCAGUUAUUCGUGACCAGGCUUGUAUGAUAUAUUUUUAGUUGGGUCUACGUAAAGGCAAAUUUCCUGUCGUGUCUGAUUAUGAAUGAUUGCAAAACAUCCUUUCCGCUGGCUGGUUGGAUGUGUUGUUGCCGGUUUGGGUGCUGGGAGGAGUCGAGUGAUAGUCGUUCAGUCAGCUGAGAGCAAUCUCUCACUCUCACCUGGAGAACGAGGAGCCGACCAGCUGUACAGCCAACAGUCUGCUGUAGUCAAUCAGAAAACUGCUGACAGUGUUGAACUCUGCAGAGCUAACCAUGUCUUCUGAUAGUGCCUUGGAGGUGUAUAAGGAGAUGGUCCUGCUGUACCUGGAGGAGGGCCGACGGCAGGUCAACUUGCACUGCGCGGACCUGGAGCCAUGGCAGAUCAUCGGGGUGACAGUCAUCACCACACUUGCAGCAGUCUGGAUCAAAGGAUUCCUCUUCCAACAAGAAAGUCUCAUAUCCAGAAUCAAGAAGCAGUGCUUUCGACUCAUCAGAAAAAUACCCUUUGUUGGCGGAGCAAUUCAGAGCCAACUGAACAAGGCUUUGGACGACAUGUCUACCAGUCUGUGUACUCUGAAGGAGGGGAUGAGCUACACUAAACAGCUGCCCUCAAAAGGUCUCACACAGAGCCAAGUGCUGGACAAAAUCAGAGAGUACGAGACUCUGAAUGAGGUGAAGUGGGAGAAAGGAUGUGUUUCGGGUGCAGUGUACUGGGGCGAUGAAUCACUGACCAAACUCCUGGUGAAGGUAUAUGGAGACUUUGCAUGGAGUAACCCGCUUCACCCAGACAUCUUUCCUGGUGUAAGAAAGAUGGAGGCAGAGGUUGUUAGAAUGGCUUGCACACUUUUCCAGGGUGGACCCAACUCCUGUGGCACAGUUACUUCAGGGGGAACUGAGAGCAUACUGAUGGCCUGCAAGGCAUACAGAGACAUGGCGUAUGAACGUGGUGUCAAAUACCCUGAAAUUCUUGCACCAGUGAGCGUCCAUGCAGCCUUUGACAAAGCAGCACACUACUUUGGGAUGAAACUUGUUCACAUUCCCCUCGACAAGAAAACUAUGAAAGUAGACGUGAAGGCCAUGAAGAGAGCAAUCAACAAGAACACAGCCAUGCUGGUGUGCUCAGCGCCUCAGUUUCCUCAUGGAAUCAUGGAUCCCAUUGAGGAAGUAGCCAAGCUGGCUGUACGCUACAACCUCCCGCUGCAUGUGGAUGCCUGUCUGGGAGGUUUUCUCAUUGUCUUCAUGGCCAAGGUUGGGUACACACUUGCCCCGUUCGACUUCAGGGUAAAAGGCGUUACUAGCAUCUCUGCAGACACACACAAGUACGGCUACGCCCCCAAAGGUUCCUCAGUGAUCCUCUACAGUGAUAAAAAGUAUCGUCACUAUCAGUACUUUGUGGCUCCAGACUGGCAGGGGGGAAUCUACGCCUCCCCCUCUGUAGCGGGCUCGAGGCCCGGAGGAAUCAUCGCCGCCUGCUGGGCGACCAUGAUGCACAUGGGAGAGGACGGAUACAUUGAUGCCACUAGGAAGAUCAUCAAUGCAGCACGCAAAAUUAAAACAGAAAUUCGCAAGAUAAAAGGUGUGUUUGUGUUUGGGGAUCCAGAGGUGUCAGUGGUGGCAAUAGGCUCAGAUGUUUUUGAUAUUUUCCGUCUGUCUAAUGCACUCACGUCAAAGGGCUGGAAUCUAAACACACUGCAGUACCCAUCCAGCAUCCACAUUUGUUGCACGGUUCUGCACACCCAGCCGGGCGUUGUUGAACGAUUUAUUGGUGACGUCAAAGAGCAGGUCGCCAACAUCCUGAAAAACCCCACAGAGAAAACCACAGGAAUGGGAGCAAUCUACGGCAUGGCCCAGUCCAUCCCAGACAGAUCCAUGGUUACAGAGAUCUCCCGAGGCUUCCUGGACUGCCUCUACAGCACUGAGGUGCCCAAGUCAGACACCAGCCACAUGAAUGGCAACGGCAAAGCCCACUGAAACAGGAUCAGGCUGCUCUGGCCCCAUCCCCGCUGCACAGAGGGAAGCAUGCUCGCCUCCUCCUAGUGCUCUGAGUUAAUCGCUCAAUGGUUGCCUUAUCUUGCAUACCCACAACCCAUACGGAAACAUCUGCAACGAUUUUGAAAGCACAAGCCAUCAUCAUUUUAAUCAGCCCAGAGGGAUAACGCUUGUAACGUUGUGCCUAAAUGGCACAGGAAAGCAAUGACUGGUUUCAAACGAGUUGUAGUCUUUAAUUUGAUUUUAUUAAUAUAGUGAAAGUGUGUGUGUGUGUGAGUUUUGUUUGUUUUAAGAGUUCAUUUCAAUUUUAACUUUUGUUUAAUGCAUAUUUCUGUCAUAAUCUGUACUGAUCGCAUAGCAAAAAUCUUUUUUUUUUUUUAAUGCCAGAACAUUUCAGCUUGCUGCCAUCACUGUGUCACUAUCUGUGAUGACUCAGCAAAAACACAAACCACUGAAAGCUUGUUAGAACCGCUGUGCUGCCCUCUAGCAUGAAACCUGAUGCACUGCUCAAGACUGGCUGUACAUGUGGAGGCCUGUUGAAGGAGUAUUGUUAUCACUAUCAUGAAAUAGUUCUCUGAAAACAGCAUUUUUAAUGUAAAAGCACUGCUAUGCCCUGGCAAGAACAUAUCAGGUUAAUCUGUAAAUCACUUGAAACUACAAGUCUGAUGUUAUGGUAGAAGUUAGUCUGUAAGCAUGAACACAUACAGUAUGUCCUAGUUUGUUAGCACUUAGUAUGAUGACAUUCUUUUAGUACAUUUAAGUCUGCAUUCGUGGUCCAUCUACAGUGGUUGGAAUUUUUAGGGAGAAUGAUUUGGAUUGUUGAUUGCUUUCAUUAAUUUUCAACAAAUAGUUUUUAAAAUUGAACUUUCCAAAAGGGAGAAGCUGUAACCAGGAGUAUUUUGGAAGCGGCUAGUGGAAUCCAAAGCUUAUCAGCCACAUAGAUUAUUUUAUCGCUUGUUUUUCAGAACUGAAAACAAAAAGUGGCUGCCUGGUUAAGUUAAGCAAUUAAGUUUAAAAUCUUUUAAGUUCACUGUAUGUUUUCAAGUUGCAGAAAUUCAUUAUUUCCUGUGCAGUCUGCAUAGUCACCUGUGUACCACUUUGUUUUAAUAAUUGUUUCCUAAUUCAAUCUACCUCAGUUUCUACUCAAUGCAAUUGUCAUGUAUUCAUCAACUGAGACACAUCCUAACAACAGGGCAACUGUUUAGUUCCAUUUCUAACAUUAUAAUCUUUUCAAACUGUACAAUGUUUGGGCAUUUGACAAACCACAUUCAAGUGUUCUUAGAUAUACUGAUACUGAAGAGAAAGAUAUCCACUGUGAUUGAUCCACAGACUGACAGAUUUGAUAGUUUUCUUGGGGGGGAAAUCUGUUCUUUGCCCUGUCUGUAAAGUGGAUGUGUUUUGGUGAAUAUUUAUCCAUUCACCAGGAUAUGUGCUUAUUUACAACCAGGUUGUUAAAGAUGCAUACUGUAACACCAAAAGGACCUUUUGUUGUCUGUUUUACUUUCAUGUGCUUAUCCGAUACUGCUUGUUGAAAUUGUGUAUUUCCAUGAAAUUAUUUCUGUUUGUGCAAUAUGUAACUAUUCCUUUAAUGAAGUGAAACGAAGGGGAAUGCUCUAUUAAUGUUUUACAGAAAGUAAUAGUAAUGAAUGACAGAUUAUCAGCCUUGUUAGUGUAAUUUUACCAUUUGUGUGACCACUGGGUGUUUUAUUAAUCACUUCAUUUGUGAGUCUUUUUUUUGUGAGUGUUUGUGUUUUUACAUACUGAACCGUUUUCAAGAGAUUAGACAUGAAUGUAUUUAGGCUCUUACAUGUCUUCUUAUAAGCUGAAGACUGACAGGUCUUCAGGUUAUAAUGUGGAUUUUUCUAGCUUUCAGUCAGUGCCUGGUUAAAGGACCUUACGACAGCCGGAGAACGAUUGGAGCUAAUUACCAUCAUCUGUGUCGACCCAUUCAUCAGUACUCUAACUAUAUGUCCAUCUUGUUUGCUUUAGAGAAACAUCCUCAAGAAAUUUUGAAUAAAAACCUUUAAUGCAAUCUUUAAGCAGUAACUGACAGUGACUACCCGCUGUAACACACUCUCUCUGAAGUCUGAAACUCUAUAAUCUUUCCUGCUUUUAUUGUAGUUUGGUGAUGUUACGUAGCAAUAAUGAGCAUUCACCUCUGUGCCUUCAGAGGUUUGGACUUGUGUUGUCAUUUUCUCUCUAACAGCCUCAGGGAUCUGGCUUCAUAACAAACAUCAUUAAGGUCCACUGCUCUUUCAAACAUACACAGGGUGGACAAAAUAACUUAAACACUAACAUUCGUAUAUUGCAAUCUAAUAUGGCAGCCCUUUAAAAAUAUAUAACCUUAUAACAGUCUUAAAAUGUUGAACUUUGCACAGAGAACUGUUUAUUCAACUCUGGUAAUUUGCAUGUCUCUAGACUACUGGAUUGCUUUAUAAUGAAAGGUCUUUGAAAUUUGUCCACCCCAGUGCAGUAUGUCUUCACAUGUGAGGUUUUGAAUGUGCACGGUUUAAAGAGUUUUGUUUAAUCUCUCCUUGUAUAACAGAUUUUUUUUUUAAACAAGGAACCACCUGCUGGUUUCUACUAGCAAAUAAUGCAUAGUAAACAAUGUUAACACACAGUGAGCAGUUACAUUAACACAGUUAUACUCUUAAGUUGAACACAGCAGAUGGCCUACAGUAUUCUGUUUUCAAUAAAAUGCAUUCAGUCUGA